AUGGCUAUUUGGGACUCUAUCACCGGUCACAAACAAGGCCAAACUGAUUCUUUCGACUCAUCCGCUGCGCCAGAUGCCACUUCUUUCCUUUCCGAAGUCGCUAUCCCAGAUCCCUCCAGGCUUCAUCCCCUGGCUGGUUUGAAUCAAGAUACUCUCGAUUACCUGACACUCGAAGACUCCGCCCUCGAUGAACUACCAGGGUCUCGAUCCGUUCUCCCGUCUCGCGGCUGGUCCGACGACCUUUGCUACGGUGCUGGCACAACAUAUCUGGCUGGAUUGACUAUCGGAGGCGCGUGGGGUCUAGCAGAAGGUUUGAGAAAGACUCCGGCAAAUGCGCCACCAAGAAUUCGCCUCAACGGCGCCUUGAACUCGAUCACCCGACGCGGUCCGUUCCUUGGAAACUCCGCUGGUGUGGUUGCUAUGGUUUAUAACGGAUUUAACUCUGCAAUUGGAUACGCACGCGGCAAGCAUGAUGCCACCAACAGUGUUAUUGCAGGUGCUUUGAGCGGUGCGAUCUUCAAGAGCACACGUGGCGUGAAGCCAAUGAUGAUUUCGGGUGGUAUUGUAGCAGCUAUUGCUGGUGCUUGGACUGUGACUCGCAAGACCUUCUUCUAA